AACCUUCUUUCCACUCUUUCUUCAAUGUUACAGAGUCUUCACGCACUCUCUCUUGCUUAAGUCUCUUCCCCAAGCCUUGAUUAGUUUAUUCUACUUCGUUCUAAACCCCUUCAAAUCAAUCAAUUCCGUCGUUCCUUGAAUCCAAUCAAUGGAAAUUUGAAACUUUUAUCCCUUCUCGAACGGCCCUGAUUCAAUCAAUCAUUCAAACGAGAAUUACCGUGCAUCGCAUCCCUGAUCCGUCAGUUGAGGAGGUUGAGUUUUUUCAAUAAAUUCCGAUCGAAUAACCCAGAUCAGUUCUUCUGUUCACAUGCAAGACUUGAUUGACACGGAUGAUUCAGACAAUUAUUUUGGAACAAAAGAUUCUACAAUGAAACUAAAUGACCGAAAUGCAGCAAAUCCAAUUACAGCCUCACCUCUAAUUGAUGAUUUAUAUGGAAACGGAAUGGAUCCAGGACCCAGCACCACCGAAUGGGAAAUGAUGAUGACCCUGUUGCAGAUGUGUCAUUUCUUGCUGGUGAAGUUAAAGAAAUUGUGGAUGAUCUCUUCUCUGGUGUGAUUAUUGAUGGGAAGUUUACUGCCAAUGGAAAUCAUCUUAUAAAUUAUGUUGCCUUGGGUAACUUCUUUGCUCAGCAGCCAUUGCUAGCAACAAUGUCCAACCUCCAACACUUUGCAAACUUGAACGCAAAAAAUCCUGGUAUCAGUAAUGGUAGCGAAACAAAUGGAGGAUAUUCAUCACCCCUUCCUGAUAUUUUUCAGUCAAACUUUCCAAAUCCAGCCCCUACUUUCUCUGACGAACAGUUUGAAGAAAGAGGAAGCAAGAGCAUUUGAUUUUAUUUCGUUUUUUUAAGUGCAUAAUUUUGAUAACGUUUGUUGUGUCUAUUUGUUGGAUCACCUUGCUUUUGCUCGUGAUGGAAAGAGGGUUGUUUGAAGGUUUGAGCCAAUGAUUGACAUCUUGCAAUCUUCUUGCUUUCCAUGAGGUAACAUUCUUUUGCAAUAAUGGAGCAGAUGGAGUCAGCGGCAACCCAAAGAGAGUUUGGUUGAGGCCUGAGAGGAGAGGAGAGGAGAAGAGGAUGAAACAAAGGGAAUGAACUAAUGACUUGUUG